AUUUUCCGUUUUGACAAAGUACAGCCAUGCCGUGCCUGGCGGGGUUCGGAAUGGCCCGCAAUGGGUCCGAUCUGUACGAAGAAGCGAACAAGUACUCCCCCAUCCUCGUACGGGGCUUCAGCUCCGGCAACGUGUCUGUGGUGGACAAGCAAAGCUGGCUUGAAGUGUGCGACACCAAGCAUCGAUACGGAGCCAACUUGCAGGCAUAUUACAAGGCGUGGAAGCAACUCACAACGAGGCCUGGGUUCUGGGAGUGGCUCAGUGACGAAUCUGUCGAGGUUGAAGGUGUGUCCCGCACCAAACUCGAACGAGAGACCGUCCUCUACUACGACCGAGCCGAGCGCGAGCAAUUCGCCCUUGACAUCCGACCAGAUGGCCUCCUUGUCACGCGGUGGGACCAACUGCCCAUCACCACGGGCGACGACGGAUGGAUUUUCGUGUUGCGGGACGGGGUCUUGUACGGCAGCGAAAAGGUGACCAACCAUAGCCCUCGCAUCCACCACACCAGCCUCGUGGGCGGCGAAUGUGUCCAAGCCGCCGGCAUGAUCGUCGUCGUCGACGGCGUCCUGCGCGUGAUGUAUCCCCACAGCGGCCAUUAUCGGCCUUCCGAGCACGAAGUCCUCGUGCUGCUGCGCUUCUUGCAGUCCCAUGGCAUCUCGCUGCAGCACAUGCAAGUCGAUGUCCAGCGGAUUCAGAAACGCAGCCGUGACGGUGCCGACGGCCAAAAACUCAAAAAAGUCCACAACGCGUACUUUUGGUCUGGCGAUCAUGUCUUGAACUUCCUCCAAGUCAAAGAACAAGCCUGCGAAGCCAACCUCUUCCACAACAUUGAACGAUGCUGCGAUCACGACCGCCGCAGCACUCCCACCGGCGACGCCAGUACCUAAGUUAAUACUACAGUAUUUAAAUCAGUAGAACUUGCCACUGCUGUCAAGGGCAUGC